AUGCCUCCUGCUCCUAGCCAGAAGGGAACGGGCAAGAAGGCCUCCGGAGUCGUCCGCCAGCGCAGCCGCAAUACGACGCCCAUGUCUGGUCCACCGCCCAGCGCCAGUAUUAUACCACCUGUCGAGCUGCUCGAGACUGAAUUCCUUGAUCUUAAAUUAGAGUCCAUACGCAAUAUAUCCUACGAUGAUCUAGUCGACUCGAGCGCAUCGAAUGCCGUUAUUCCCGACUCCAAAUGCCUCGACGGCUUGAUCAAUCGCCUUGGCAAAUUGAAUGAGAUUAUUGAGCGACGUGGGACCUGGUGUGAUAAAGGGAUGCGCCUCGUUGCCGACCAUAGAAAGAAACUAUAUGACGAUAUGGCCACUGGGAGUCGAAGAGAUGAAAACCGUAGUGAGUGUCCCGAGGGCGAGAAGAGAGCCAACAAGAAGAAGAGGAAGGCGAACGAUAACCUUGCACCUGGACACGUAAACAUAGAACGCUCCUCCCCUUUGAGGGAAACGACGAAUAAACCUCGCAAGCUAUCGCGCGACAACGGGUCGACUAGUUCCUCGCUCUCCCCGGUCGCACCCGCAACACCUAGCGCAAUGGAGGUGGACGACAAGGCGAAGGUCGACAAGAAGACCGACGAAGAUUCGAGCUCCGAGGACGAAGGCGCGCCUCCCCGUCGCGAAGCGCCACAGUUCCAAACCUUUGGCGCAGAUCCAUCCACCUUCCCCGAUCCCACGGUUUACGAGAUACGUGAUGCGAAACCCGGAAUAUCGAUUGACGAACUGAAGGAGCUGUACUCUGUUGCCGUCUUUCCGAAGACAGAUCUGGCAGAUCAGAUUGCUGGUGAUCCGCCGGACAAGGACUUUAGUAGUGCGAAGCCCUCGAACCAGAUCGGAUUCACCACAUUCUCGACGUAUGUCGAGCCAUACUUCCGGCCGUUCUCUGAAGAGGAUCUCACGUUCCUACGCGAGCGCGGUGAUCGGGCUACUCCAUUCGUCAUGCCCAAACGCGGCAAAAGGCAUUAUUCAGAGAUCUGGGCAGAGGAGGACAAUGCGAUGGCGAUAGACUCGGCAUCCCAGGGAAGGGACAAACUGGCACCUAACCAAGCUCGUGGCACCAUCGACAACAUGGAUGACGAUGUCGCCGAGACGGAUAAGCUGUCGGUUGGGCCUGUCCUUUCCCGACUACUGUCGGCCAUGCGCCCAGAGGCGCGCCCGCAGCCUAGCGAGGACAAGCCGAUGACCAAUGGAAUCAUUGGCGACACCGAACCCAAGGAGGAAGUUAAUGGUGACUCGACCGCAGGCGCACCUGGCGAGGACAGCAAGAGUAUCCCACCUGCCUCGUUCAUGACGGAAUCCUCUGGCGAGGCGUGGAAAAGGGCCACGCACCCGAAGCUAGAUUACUCCCAGGUAGACGAGCGCAUCAAGCAAGAGCUCCGUCACAUUGGGUUUCUACCGCAGGAAGGCUUCGAAGGCGACUACGACGGUCAUUUCGACGACGAAGUUGCGGCCCGUCUGCGCCUCUUGCAAGACCGUCUUCGUGAUCAGAUGCUCAUCAACGGCGCACGCAAAUCCCGGAUCACCGAACUGGUUAAGGAACGCAUGGCUCACCAGGAGUACCAGACAAUCCUCGAAGACCUUGACACGCAAGUCCAAGGGGCCUACUUGAAGCGCACCCGGACCAUGGGCAAGAGCAAGAAGGCAAAGCGCCCAGGCGGUGCGGGCGGAGGAAACAGUGCGUCAGCAGGUGCUACGGGCAUGGCACGACCAGGCAUUGGCGACGUGACGAAGACGUUGAUGGAGCGCCGACGCCGAUGGAUAGAGAACAUCGGCACGGUGUUUGACGACGAGAACCUCGGCAAGGUCCCGCGCGCGACGAAUCCCGACAGCACCAUCUUCAAGUCACAGAUCAUAACAGAUCUGCUGAAGAAGGAGCGGCUGGCAUGGGAUGAAGAGGUCGAGGAAGAGUAG